GGGGUGUGUGAUGAAGAGGGAUUGGUUGUGGAUUUUAAACAAACAGACGGAAGUUCAAAUGCUGAAGAUGGGUUGGUUCAGGAGGCUGUGAUGAGUGUUAGAAAUGAAGCAUCUGAUGAGAAUCUGUUGAGCUUGCUGAAGUUGGCUUAUGGUUACGAUUCAUUUAGGAUUGGACAAAUGGAGGCAAUCAAGAAGGUGCUUUCUGGGAAAUCAACAAUGCUGCUUUUGCCAACUGGUGCUGGAAAGUCUCUCUGUUAUCAGUUACCUUCCAUGGUUUUUGAGGGGAUUACUCUGGUCAUUAGCCCAUUAGUUGCCUUAAUGGUUGAUCAAUUGAAACAGCUGCCUGCUGCACUCCCUGGUGGUCUUCUGUGUAGCAGUCAGACACCAGAAGAGAUGUCUGAAACUCUCCAAUCUCUGCAAGAGGGAUCAAUAAAGGUCCUUUUUAUUUCUCCAGAGAGGCUUCUGAGUUCAGACUUCACAUCAUUAUUCUCUAGAGGUCCCCUUGUAUCUCUCGUGGUGGUUGAUGAAGCUCACUGUGUAUCUGAAUGGUCACACAAUUUUCGGCCCUCAUACAUGAGGCUUAGGGCUUCGUUGCUGCGUGAAAAGCUAAAGGCUGAAUGCAUUCUUGCAAUGACUGCAACUGCAACAGCCAAAACAUUGCACGAUGUAAUGCAUGCUCUUGAUAUCCUUCCCACUAAUCUCAUCCAAACAUCCAAAUUGAGGGACAAUUUGCAGAUGUCAGUAUCAAUGAGUAGCAAUAGGCUAAAAGAUUUAAUAGCAUCGCUCAAGUCUUCUCCCUUCUAUGAUGUUAAAAGCAUCAUCAUUUAUUGCAAAUUUCAGUAUGAAACAGAUCUUGUAUGCAAAUGCCUAUGCGAUAACAACAUUUCAGCUAAGAGUUACCACAGUUCCAUUCCUGCAAAAGAUAGGAGGAGGACACAAGAACUCUUUUGUGCAAAUAAAAUUAGGGUGGUUGUUGCUACUGUGGCAUUCGGAAUGGGACUUGAUAAACAAGAUGUCGGAGCUGUCAUUCAUUACAGCUUACCAGAAAGCUUGGAAGAGUAUGUCCAGGAGAUAGGUCGUGCUGGGCGUAAUGGUAGAUUGUCUUAUUGCCACCUUCUUUUUGAUGAUGUCUCCUAUUUUAAGCUGCGCAGUCUUGCUCACAGUGAUGGUGUGGAUGAGUACGCUGUAAACAAGUUCCUCUGCCAAGUUUUUAGCAACAGCACAGGUUUAGCUGGGAAAUGUUCAUCAAUAGUUAAAGAAGCGGCAUCCCGAAAAUUUGAUAUGAAAGAGGAGGUAAUGCUUACAAUUUUGACUCAACUGGAGUUGGGCAAUGUGAAGUAUUUGCACUUGCUUCCUGAAGUGAAUGUAACUUGCACUUUGAAUUUCCACCAGACUUCUCCAGCACUGCUAGCUGGUAAAGAUAUAGUGGUUGCAGCCGUCAUGAAGAAGUCUGAAAUUAAAGAUGGGCAAUAUGUGUUUGACAUACCAAGUGUAGCAAAUAGUGUUGGGUUGCAACCUGCUGACUUGUCAAAUCACUUGCAGACACUAAAGUUUAAGGGAGAAAUUGCCUAUGAGUUGAAGGAUCAGGCUUACUGUUACAAAAUCAUGGAUAUCCCCAAGGACAUUUGUUCUUUGGCAGCACAGGUUACAAGUUGGCUUUCAGAGGUUGAGAGAUGCAAGGUGAGAAAAAUGGAUAUAAUGUUCAAUGCUGCUGUUGCUGCAGUACAAAGGUGUGAUAAGGUGCAUGGUUGUGAUGGCUAUGACCACACUCCUUGCUUGCAAAGGAGGAUUUUGGAGUAUUUCAAAAGCAAUGAUGAUAUUGAUGUCCCCAACAAUAUGGCUAAAAUCAGCCCAUUUUUGAGAGCAGACAUAAAGGUCUUUUUACAGAGCAACUCACAUGCCAAAUUUACUCCUAGAGCUGUUGCAAGGAUACUUCAUGGCCUUUCUAGUCCAGCCUUCCCUUCCACUUUUUGGUCAAAAUGUCACUUCUGGGGAAGGUAUAUUCAGACAGAUUUCAAAGUAGUGAUGGAAGCAGCAAAAGCAGAAUUGAUGAGUGUUGUGGGGAAGGAUUUACUGUGAUUGAUGCCAAUCUGAGAAAUCAUUACAACCACUAAACUCUUAAUACUACAACUUGCUCACGUGUUAAGCCGUUUGUAGAGUUUUUUGGGUUGAUAAAGCUUAAAGCGCUUCCAAAACACUAAAAUCAAGAACUCACAAAAUCUUUUUGAAGAGUCAGAGAACAUUGUUUUGGACGGCAGUAAGUUGGAUUUUCUUGUGCUGCUGGUUUUUAAAAACAUUGCAGGUUUAACUUAACAAUUGUAAACAAACUUCCCUUUAUGUUGAAGACUGAAUAUUACUAGGGGUCUGAUGUUGAAGACUUGAAGUGACUGAAGGAUUUUUCAAGGAAUGGUGUCAUAUUCUCCGGGAUAGCUAGUGUUGGACUGAUCGUCUUCAAAUACUCUAAAGGGAGCCAUUUGUGCAAAAGUUUUGCCCUUCACAAUCUCUUUAAAUAGAGAUGCUAACUUCGAUAUCAAUAGGUUUUAGCAUAUGGAUGCCGGAGCAGUGGAGCUGAUGGCAGUAGAAUAUAUUCCAAAUGGAGGAAUACAAAUGUUAUACAAAUGUAUUCAUUGGCAAGCAGUUCUCUUCAUCUUAUUUCCCUCUAACAAUGAAAGUACAAACAAGUUGUAAUCUUACAUUUGAAAUUAAUU